GAAAACGAGAAGCUUCUCCAGCAAGUUUAAGAUCAGAUUACAAACGAGCCCUUUUAAAAGGAAGAAGGAUUGGAAUUUGCGGAGAUCGUGAGGUUGAGGGAAAGAAAACAUGUCGUUCAGAGGGAAGAGAAAGAAUGCAGAGGGCCACGCUUCCGACGAGAAUGAGGGCCACGCGCCCCCUAAGAAGGCCUCCAACACUUCUGCUGCCGUCGACAAUGACGAUUCUGACAACAUUGUCGUCUGCGAGAUAUCCAAGAACAGAAGAGUUUCAGUGAGGAACUGGAAUGGGAAAAUCUGGGUUGAUAUUCGUGAAUUUUAUGUCAAGGAUGGUAAACAAAUGCCUGGCAAAAAAGUGGAACAUUCUGCGUGAUCAUGCCGAAGCAAUCGACAAGGCACUUGCUGAGAACUCGUAGGAAGUAGACAUGGUAGAAGAUAAUGGGCAUCUUUUUGUAGAUCUUGGCUUGUUUUUGAAGUUGCUAAACUCGUAUGGUUUUCACUUUUCAGUAGUCGGACGACCCUUUUGUGUAAUUAGUUGUGUAGCUGUUAGGCUAAAAUAUGUGCUGCAUCUUUCAUGUUGGAUGAUUUAGAGGAAAUAGACAAGUCUUAUCAUUUCAGGUUGAACCUUUUGGCUUCU